AUUGGAAUAUUAUUGUUCUUUCAGUCCUUGAAACUGUUUCUUGGUUUUUUGAAAUUAAAAAAAAAAAAAAGAAAAAAAUCCGACAGUUUUUACCUCGAAAAGCAAAAACGUUGUAUCGGUCGGUUGCACGGAUACGAGGCACCGAGUUUGAUCGAGUGAUACUUUUAUACCUUCAUUUAUACCUUUUAUACCUUCAAUUCACAUCUCCUUUUAUCCGCGUAACUCGGCUCUACGCGUUGGUCCUUCAACCUCAUCCCUUCUUCUUUUCUCGUCUUUCCUUUUUCUUUCGAUACAUAUUCCCAUGUAUUCCAACAUUCGUCUGUCCCCCCGGCGUAAAACCGUUCCGAGCAACAUCUCGUCUCUCCAAGUUCACCCUUUCUCCAUCUUUUCGUUCGAAGACUAUGUUCCCCCUCUUCGAUCACUUUUCUUUCUCAGUCCGAUGCACUCGUCUUAGCCAAGGAUUCGAGCACGUAGUACGCGCUCGUCCAAGGUGGAAGACAGUAGAGACGACAGGUGAUACACACAGGAAGAAAUACAGAUCUGCGCGCGCUGUCAGAAGAAGAUACCGAAAGGAUAAAAAAACAGAGAGAAAAAGAAACGUAGACAGCGAGAGAAAACGAGAAGAGGGGAAAGUCGAAGUCGCUCGCAGCGUUUAUAUUUGGGAAGAGUAUUUCACUCGAUCACAGUUUUUAAUCGAGAUCGCACCGGUGAAGAAACGUUAGAAAUAUGUCCACGGGAUUGUUUCAUGCAGCUUUGACAACAGUUGUGCUCUGGACGUGUUUAAGUUUCAGCGUGGACUCGGAACGUCCAGUUUCAGAAACCGCUACAACCGUAUUACUGCCUAUGAAAUAUUCCAAAUCUAGGGCGACCACGUAUCAGGAAAUAUCGGGCAUCGGAGAGCCAAAAGAUGCGAGAAGCGAGGCUGUUCGUGCAACACAGGAGAACAAAAAGUCGCCCAGUCCGGCCGGCGUUAAUUUUUAUCGGUUACCACCGUCCCCGGCGAAUCUCUUGAAGCCAGAUGGAUUUCAAUUUUACACGUACAACGAGAGAGGCGACAUGAUCACGAAACAAAUGACCAUGCAAGAGAUUCAGGCUUUGAUCGCGAGCGGUGGUCCCGAUCAUUCUAACGUGGAGGUUCAAGAGCCCCAAAAAGCCGAGGAUAUCCUCACAGGUGGAAAAAAGGUAAUGGACGUCGUGGAGAAGGUGCAAAACGUGUUGAAAAGUGCCAUGGACAAACCGUUGUCGGCACUCUCUGGUUCACACCCGAUGAUCCCGGAAAAAGUAAACGUCGAGUGGAGCAAUAUUUUGCCAGCUAUAUUAGCCGGCGAUAAAUACGGGAAUAAGGUCGAGGAAAGCCAUCACGUCGAAAGACCAACGUCGAAACCUACGUCCACGUAUCACGUCGCGCAUAAUCAGAACGACUCGACUCCCGAUUCACUCGAGUCCAACGUAAGUGGAAUCGUACCGUCGGAAAAACUUGAAAACGUUAAAAUUGAAAAGAACGGAACGCAGCCGACGAUCGCUACGAAACCCACGACUGUCUCUUACACGGAAAAAUUAAUGAUACCGGUGCCUGUCAUCACGACUGAACGAAACGCCGAGUCGAUAGGUAACAGUCAGUAUACCACGCAGGGUUCCACCUUCCACAAGCUGACCGAGGCAACGCCGUUGUUAAAAAAUACUACUUACGGAUCUUACGAUCGCGACAACGAGAACCUGACAUCCGUAAGUCCCGUUACAAAAUCAACAACGACCAGUGUUCCUCUUCUCGCGUCAACCUUGCAACUGGACGAAUCCACUAAAAGCAGUUACGACAACGCUGAUCUUGUAAGCGAAACAUUACAUCCGGAGAAGAAUCAUUCACACGUCGACGAGACUGUUACUGAUUCGUUGGUAACGCAAACGAAGAUAAAGCCAGUAAUCGGCACUUCAUCGACGGAGGAUGAUGAGGUUCUAUUGAAAACGCAGACAUCAUCCGUGGUAGAAGCGAAUCAAGUUCAAACGGUGGUAACUAACGAACCGUUCAGCAAGUUGCCAUUGCAGUAUUCCGUAUCGUUUACCAAAUUGCCAUCGCAAUCCUCUACGUCUGUUACCAAAUCACCAUCGCAAUCUUCCGCAUCGUCCACGAGCGUUCCUGCAACUACAAACAAGUAUAAAAUCACAUCGGUGACGGAACAGCUGACGACGAUACAGCAAGAUACAGUAACAAAACCAAGUGAUCACUUAAGCGGGUUGGUUGAACCCUCAAUAUCUUCUCCAUCUAUGGAGCUGGUAAACUCUCUGUCAAACGUGAUCAGUCAAAUUUCCGACGACACAGUUUCCCCCGUGUUGUCUUCAUCUUUUGGAUUUCAGUCGAUUUCUAGCGGCAACGAGAAUAAACGUAACAACGGCUCCGAGAUCGUCGCGACGUAUUCUUCGACGACCAACGGGGACCGACCGGAAAAUGUAAAUGCCACGUCUGACGAAGAACGUAUUCAAGAAUCAUUUACCGACGCGACAGUGAAGUUUAAAACGGACAGAGAGAGGAUUUCUUUGACUGCAACAACCACUCCGAUUAUUCCGACGAGUGUGACAGAGCUCGACAAAAUCACCAACCAAAAUUCGGCUGUUUCGACGAAAUUUGACGGGAUAACGAGUGUUCGCCCGGUAUCUAACGUAACGGAAGUACCGAUGAAUAUUAACGAGACAUCGGCUACCACGUCCAAUUCUUUACAACCGAUAGCGCUUAUCGACAGUAUACUUCACACUGCUUCGCCUGAAACAAAGACACCUGUUACCGAAUCGAUCACUUUACCGAGCGACCUGUCGGAGAAUCUCUUGGCUAACACUUUGGCAAGCUCGCUCAUCGCUAAUCCGUCCAAUUUGAAGACAAAUAAAACGCAAACUGCACUCGACGAAACAACAACGUCGUACUCUGAGAAGCUCAACUCAGGAAACUCAACUGUUGCCUCAAAUUUAAAGUUGCCUAUUUCAAUUAACAAGGAUAUUGUGAAUGAUACUACGAAGAGAGAUCCAACGAACGAGAAUGAAGUUUCUCGAACGUCGACAACGAAGGAAGAUCUGUUCACCGAACAGCAGAAAAUUGAAUUUUCCCAAUUACAAAAUUCCGUCACUUCAGAAUCUACGACAACGUCAUCGUUCACUUCCGAUCCUGUUCUAAAGAAUGCCGUUACAGAUGGAAUAUCUGGUACUUCGUUCGCGAAUAAUACACUUAAUGAACAGACGUCUAAUCCUACUUACGAGACGACAAUAUCGAGUAACGAAGCUUCGACGAGUACGAACACAAGAAUCAUCGUUCCAAAUGUUGAAAACGUUACCGAGGAGGCAUCGCAAAACAGUGACAAGACUUCUACAAUUUCCCUGAACGAGACGACAGAGACAUCGUCGUCAGAACGUAACAAACCAUCUGCAUAUCAUACCGUAGACAAAUUAUCGACGAACUGGACUGCUGUCGCGAAUGUAUCUAACGCGGAGGAGCAUCCAGCGCAGAAUACGACGGAUAAAAUUGCACUGCAGAGACCUUUGAAGAAAACGGAAGAGCAGUCGAGGAAUGACACAGUUCACACAACCGCGACUCAACAGGAAAUCAACGUUACGAGCGGCACAACUGCGACGUCUUUCAACGAUACCAAGUCAUUCGUUGCCUCGACUACUCCUGAAUCGACAACCGCCGCUCUAAAUUCUAGCACGAAAGAGCCAAACGAAAUCGAAGGUACAAGUGCAACGAGCUCCGACGAGAUUUACAAAACGAAAAAACCCGUCGAGCUGUAUUUACACGCGAGCAACUCGACAGGAAUGGAGUUGUUAGAGAUGGUGGAUAAAUCGGAGUCGAAAUUGAAUGAUUCGGCAAGUUCGACGCUGCAGAGUAAAACGAAUGACACGCAUGCGAGUUCCGAGCACACGUGGCAGCGAAUAUCGUUGCAUCAAGCAACCCCGUCAUUGUCGACGGAAUUUACUACCACGCCGACAAUGUACUCCGAAGUAUCGACAUCGACAUCAGCGUCGACUUUGGCAAAUACGAGCUCGACGAAACUUUCGUCGAACAGUCAAUCAAUUCCUACAAACGGAACGGAGUCGACAGUUUCCCUAGACGCCUCGAAAAGUGUCGGUGGAUUGGACACCAGCACGAGAAACGCGAGCAUCGACAUCGUCAAUUUCUCGAGGCUUUGCAACGAGCUUGCGAUAAAAUUUUGGAUCGCGUCGAACAACGGGCUGAGCAUCGGCAGAUCGUUUGCUCUUUCGCCGUUCGGCAUGACCAGCCUGUUGGCGAUGAUCUUCCUCGGUGCUCGAGGAUCGACGUCGGAUCAGAUGAACGAGAUACUCGGACUGGACAACGUCGCCACUUUCAAUCCGCAUCUGAUUUUCCAGAACGUGACGGACACGGUGAGCCUGGCGAGGCAUCAAGGUAUCGCGAACGCGGCCUUCGUUCGCGAAUUAUUCGCGGACAAGGCCAAGGUGAGGAAACUGUUGCCAUUCUACAAGGAACAGGCGCAACAGUUCUACGAGGGAUUGGUGGCUGAAGUGAAUUUCGCCACUAUCAGCGACCUUGCCCGUCGACGGACCAACCUUCUCAUCAGAAAACAGACCGGAGGCAGGAUAAAGGAUUUCGUGAAGAGCAACACCGUUCCUCUGAGGUCACCGCUGGCUGCGAUCUCGGCGAACGUGUUCCAGACGGACUGCAACACGAGUUCCGCGAGUGAAACAGGUCGGGACGGCGAGUUAUACUUCGCCGUGUCGGCUGCUCAUAGACUGAGGAAAUUGAUCCCCGUUCCAGCCACCGUUUGGCGAUCGAACGUUCUUGCUGGUUACGAGCCCAGUUUGGACGCUACUGCCAGUGCGAUUGGAAGCGCGGACAAGCUCGUUUCGACGAUAUUCUUAGUACCCGGUCAACAGGGUCACGCUGCACCCGGCGACACUCUGGAUCGUCUCGAGCAGAGGCUUGUUAAAGGGGCUUUCCAAGAUGGCACUUGGGACAAACUCUUGAAGGUUCUUAUACCUAGGCCGGGCCUUGAAUUGCAAAUACCCAAAUUUAGUCAUCGGUCUAUCGUGAACGCUACCGCCGCUUUGAAGAGAAUGGGGCUGGAUCAGUUAUUCUCAACUCAGGCUGACUUCAAAGGGAUCAAUGGAAUUGGAAAUCGUCUCUUCUUGUCCGACGUUUUACAGAUGAAUUUGUUCAGCACAUGCGGCGAUGAAAACAUUGCCAAUGGACGACAUCACGUGGAAAUUUAUCCAGCGAGUGCCUCUUUGCGAAACUCUCGACACGUCGAGGAGCAAACAUUCCGCAGAAUAAGACGGACCGUCGACACAAAGUCGGAGAACUAUCGUACAGUUUCGCUCAAGGAGAGAAUAAGAAAUGUAGAGAGAUCAGAGGAGAAGCCUAGAUUGAGAUUGGACCAGCCAUUCCUUUAUUUCGUACGGCACAAUCCAACUGGUCUCAUACUUCAUAUAGGCCGUUUCAAUCCUAGGUUAAUAUAAAUUUAGAAUGUAAUGUUAGAUCCGUCUUUACGUAAUACUUGUAUGUACUUAACUUCGCGCACUUUUUUUAUACACGUAUGUAUAAUUCGAUUUUUCGCGCGAACAAUGCGACAUUUAUUAUCGUUAAUCCUUUAACAGCGCAGAGUAUUCGAUAGGGUAAGGCAGGAUUAUUUGAAUUGAAUUAAAUAAUUUGUCUUGCAAUUCGUGUGAUUCAACAAUACUUUUUAAAUAAUUUUUCUUUCGCCAUUAUAUAAAAGAUUAACAAUGUCUCAUAAAUGUCCGUAAAAUUGAUUAUUUAAUACGAGAUUGAAUUUUAAAACAUUGAAGCUCAAGUGACUCGAUCAUCUCUGUUUUGCUAUCAGAAACGUGAGUGAAGGAUACAGAGAUAAUUAUUUUCUAAAUCGUUCCUCAUCAUUUUAUUACACUGUUAAAGGAUUAAUUCGAUUAUCUUGACUUUUCAAUCGAUAUUGUCGAUCCAUAGUCUAUUAAUUACUGGGGCUUUAAUAUCGCAGGAUUGGUAAUAACAAGAACCUUUUAUAUAUAAUAUUAGGCGUUUUAAUUAGCUAGCACGAGUAUUAACAUUAUGCUCUGCUUGAAAUGUUGGUAGCUGAUCGUUAUUAGUUUAGUGUUUUAUUACUUACAUUCAAUCGACUGAUUUAGGGCGGCAAGAAUUCCAAUAUCUAUGAGCGGCUAAUGUUAUAGUCUUUGUUGCUUAUAGUAUUUACUAUAGGCAUGUAGGAUGAUUUCGAAAUUGUGGUACUAAUGUUGAAUAUAAAUACUGAAUAAUUUUAUUGAUUAAUUAACAUAAAUUAUUGAAUUACAAAAUAUUAUAAUUUAUAAUAUCAUAAUAUUAUAAAACAUUGAAUAUAAAUUAACGACCAACCAAUUCAGAUUGGUUGAAUUAGUAAUAAGUACUUACAUAGACUUACUUUUACAUGAGAAAUUUUGUAAUUCAAUAAUUAAUCAAUAUAAUCUCCGUCUCUUUUUUGGAUGUAACAUGAUUUUAGAAUCAUCCUGUAUUCUUAUAAUUACUACAAUAUCGUCGAUGACAUUUUAAGUAUCAUAACUGCUCAUGUAUCAUAUAUGAAGAGGUAUCACAAUUGCUCAUAUGUUACCACCACAGUAUAUCCAAAAUGCAAUUCAACCAGAUUUUAGUCAUUCUCUUCUUGGGAGGAUCCUUGCAAAAACUUUAUUGUCACAAUAUGUUUGUCAAGUUACAUUCGUUGAAUACAAUUUAAAUUUGAUUCGAAAAAUUCUUUCAAUGCAUCAUUAAUAUUUUUGUAACAUCUUCGCAUUAUGUGUAUAUAAUCUAUUCU